UAAAAGAGAGAAUGAAGAGGUUCCACUUUAUCCUGUUUUUCAUUCUCCUAGCUGCAACUUCUAUUCAAAUCAAUGCUCAGACUUGCAAACCGAGUGGCGGCAUCCGGGGAAGAAAACCACCUCCUGGACAAUGCAACAAACAGAAUGACUCGGAGUGUUGUGUACAAGGUAAGUUCUACACCACGUAUACAUGCUCCCCUGCAGUGACAAGUGCUACUAAAGCAAAACUUACAAUAAACAGUUUCCAAAAGGGAGGGGAUGGUGGUGGUCCAUCAGAGUGUGACAACCAAUAUCACUCUGAUGACACACCAGUUGUGGCUUUAUCAACCGGAUGGUACAAGGGCGGGGAUAGGUGCCAUAAGUUUAUUACCAUUAAUGGAAAUGGGAGGAGUGUGAAGGCAAAAGUUGUGGAUGAGUGUGACUCUACUAUGGGGUGCGACGCUGAUCAUGACUAUCAACCACCUUGCCCCAAUAAUAUUGUUGAUGCUUCAAAAGCUGUGUGGAAAGCCUUAGGGGUGUCACAAGAUAACUGGGGAGAUUUGGAUAUUACUUGGUCCGAGUAAUAAUAUUGAACUCCUCUAAAAAAUGUCAAAAAGUCAUCAUGUGAAUAUUUUCUAGUGAAUAUAUUCUAUGUAUAUUUGUAUUUAUAUUGGGUAUCCUGUAUGAUUAAUACCAAGUAAUGAAUAUCCAGGAUUCAGUGCAAGUUAA